GUGAUGUGUCAGGAUUGUGCUGCCAUCCUGCAGGUACGACGCAGGGAAAGACGGCUUCAUUGACCUGAUGGAGCUGAAGCUGAUGAUGGAGAAGCUGGGGGCUCCACAGACACACCUGGGACUGAAGAACAUGAUCAAGGAGGUGGAUGAAGACCUGGACAGCAAGCUCAGCUUUCGAGAGUUCCUGCUGAUCUUCCGGAAGGCGGCGGCGGGUGAGCUGCAGGAGGACAGUGGGCUGCACGCCCUGGCCCGGCUCUCUGAGAUCGACGUCUCCACAGAGGGGGUGAAAGGCGCCAAGAACUUCUUUGAGGCCAAGGCACAGGCCAUCAACGAAGCCAGCAAGUUUGAGGAGGAGAUCAAGGCAGAGCAGGAGGAGAAGAAGAAGCAGGCAGAGGAGCUGAAGCAGAGGAAAGCAGCCUUCAAGGAGCUGCAGUCCAACUUCACGCAGUGACAGGGCCUGGCAGGACUGGUCAGCGGUGCCCAGAGUGGCAGCGCUGCCUGUGCCACGUGCCAGCCGUGCCAGGAGUGAUGCCCAAGCUCUGUGCCACCUGGGCUGCUGGCAGGACCCACCUUGCUGGCAGAGCCCAGUCAGCCCCAGCUCCCCCCUCCCCUCUUGCUGUGGUGUCCGUAGGUGUCGUUCGUGCCCCCCACCUCCCCAGCGUGCCCCCCACCCUGAGCAGCACCCCGUUCUCUGCCCACAGCUGCACUGGGGGCUGCUGCUGCUGCUGAGUCCCAGGGGAGCUGUGUCCAGAGUGUCUGUCCCUGGCACACCUGUGCCCAGACUGUUGUGUGUUGUGAGUGCACUGGGAGCUUUGCAGGAUGGGGGCUUGGACAGGUGGCCGUGGUGGGUGUUGUGGUGGCCAUGCUGGCUCGGUGUCUGUUGGCAUUGCUGUGUGUGACACCAGUGACAAAAGCCAUGGUAAGGGCCAGCUGCUGGUAGAGGGGCUUUGUGUGUGUGUGUGUGUGUGUGUGUGUGUGUGUGUGUG